AUGGCUGAUCCGACUUUCGUUGAGCAACUGGCCCCGUUUGAUUUACCCAUGCCCAGAACUUACAUCAGAGUUCUUUUCGUUUUCGAACAUGCAGGAUCAGCACGACCGACAGCUCAGAGUCUCCAACUUGGUCUGGAUAAUCUUUCCAAACAAGUGCCUUGGCUAUCCGGUCGAAUCUUUUCCAAGAUAACAGCCCAAGGCGAAGCCGCUUCUCUUGUCAUCCGAUGGCAUGGAAACGAGACGCCCACUCUUGUCGACAAAGGGACUUUAGCGGUAUCAUACAAAUGCGCAUCCUCCCAUGGCAUGCGCACAGAAGCCAUACCGUCAGAUGAGAUCCUGUUUUUGCUUCGAGUAUCUUUCGCUUCGCUGAUCAAGGUGUGGGCUUGUGUGUCUGCCUACAUCACAACGCUGUCGAUGGGACAGGAUUCUUAG